AUGAGUAGUCGACGAAAUACAACAGAUAGUUCAACAACAGUAUCAUUGAACAAUGACAAAACAUUGAAAACUAUCACUUAUUAUACAGAAGUUCAACCACAAACUACUAAUCCAGAAUGGAAUGAACAUUUUGACCUUCAGAUAAAAAAUCUACAAGAACAACAUUUAUUUAUAAAGGUAUUGAAUUCCGAUCAUGUUCAAGCAUCAGGACUCAAAACCGGUGUUGCACGCACUUUUGGAAUUCAAAGUCGCAUAAGAACAGCUGAAACCGAAAAUGACUUACUCGGUCAAGUUAGUUUUGAUAUUAAAUCAUUAGCUACAUUUGAUUGUGAACAAUGGUUUCCUCUAACUGGAUCAAAGCAAAAUCAUUCAAAUAACAAUGAAUCACGGGGUGAAAUUCUACUUCGAUUGAAAGUUAAAUAUAAAUUGGGUGAUAAAAAUAGAAAAAGUGAUCAACAUGAAUCAAAUACUACUCUAUCAGAAUGUCCUCGUCGUCACUCAUCAUCAUCAUUAUCUCCUGAUCCAAUUAAUUCAUCGACUACAGUUCGUCCAGUCCUUUUUGGAAGAAGUUCUCUUCUAUCAGCAAUGCAAGCCCUUGAAAAUGCAAAAUCGCCUUCUAAGCUUCAAAGAAACUUAAGUCAAAGUGUUUCAUGUUUAACAUCAGCUGCUGAUUCAGAUUUUCCAUCAUUAGUUGAAGAAUAUCAUCAACUAACUCGUAUUGUUAUGCGACAUGAAUGCGAAAAGGCAAAAGAAGCAAAUAAAAACAAUGAAUCAAAUGAUUUAGUUAUUAAUUGGAAUGGAUUAUUACGUGAUUUAUCUUAUAGUGUUCUGACACAAUUUCGUGUUUUAUAUAAUAUUUCAGUUCUAUCAAAAACAUUUAUACAUUUACUUGUUAUUAUGGAAAUUCGAUGUUCCGAACACGAUUCAUUGCUUAUAAGUCAAAGUGUUAUUCAAAAUUUUUGGAAAAGACUUAUGGAACAAGUACGACAAAGACCUGAUAUUGAUAACCUGGAUUUUACUGAUUAUGAAAAAACAGUAUUUGAAGGAAUUUUUUCUUUAUUUAUUGGUCAUUAUAAAAAACGUGUACAUGAUGAUGCACCAUGGUUUUUACCAUCGAGAGAAAACUUAUCAAGUAUUCAAAAUAUAUUCGAAGUAAUUCAUACUUUAUUACAACUAAAAAUCUCUUCAAAUCAAGCAAUAAUAAAAACAAUUCAAGAAACAAUCAAAACUCGUUUACAAACAGAUAUUAAUGAUUUAUUCAGUGUUCAUCAAUUCGUAUUUCAGGAUAUGAAUGGUAUACAAUUCAAUGUUGUUCAAAAUUUUCUAGAAUUUGUUACAAAAUUAACUAGAUCAACGUUAAUUAUAAAAGAAUAUCAGAAACUCUUUGCAUUCUUCGAUAUAAAUUAUGUAGAAGCAUGUUUUCUUGAACCCGAAAGUGCCGAUGAUCGUUUAACUGAAGUAACAAGAUGUCUAUUACAAAAUAUGACGCAACAUUUUUUGUCAUGUGCAACACCAAUGGUUGAAGCAACAUCAUCAAUAUAUGAUCCAAAUUUAAUUCAAAGUUCAAGUAUACUUUUAAAUUUGUAUGUAUAUUUACAAACAAUCAUCAGAGCACUUCGAGAUACUUUUGAAAAACGAGAUUGGCAAACACAUGAAUUUAAAUUGAAAUUAACUGGAUAUAAUCAAUGGUAUUCACCAAUAAUGCCACUUUUAAUAGAAGGUGUUGUUGCACAAAUUAGACAAAUAAUGCAAAGAGCAGCAGAAGAUGAUAACAUUUGUCAAGAAUGGGAAUCAGUUGAUUAUCCUGAUAUAAAUAUACGUUAUACAGCACUAAUUAAACUAACAAAUACAAUAUGUGAACAAUGUCGACAGUAUGCAAGAAAUUUAGCACAUAAAUUAUCAGAAAAUGAAUCUUUUAUUGAUUUACAUCGUACACGAUCAUAUAAUGUUGCAGAAAAAUUUUGUGUAGUAGUUAAUGAUAUUGACUAUGUUAAACAAAAACUUCUUUCAUCAUUACCAGAUUUAUUGCAUUUCUCGUCUGUUAUUGAUAAAAUGAUCGAAUACUAUGAAUCAACGGAUUUUCAACAAACAAAAGUAACACUUGAACGUUUAAUAGCAACAGCUGAAAAUGAAAUGAAUGAUGUCAUUAAACUUAUAUUUGAACGUGUUGCGACAUUGUUUUAUGUAUCUUUGAAAGAUAAAAUUUCCAAAUACUAUGAAGAUGAAAAACGUAAAAAAGUUGAUCCUAUGAAAGAUAUAAAUCAAUAUAUUGGCCAAGAGAUUCUUCUUAAAUUGUAUGAAGGUCUCGAAAAAGUUCAAUAUUCUCGUGUUGCUUGUGCUAUACGUAUAAAAGCAUUACAAUGUUUAAGAGAAUUAUUGCCAUUACAAGAACCGCCAGACUUUUAUGAGCGUGUUUUACAAUCAUUUGAUCGUUUGGCUGCAUACUUUGAAACUGUAUGUCGUGAAGAACAACAUAUACCUAGUCCACCAUGUGAAGAGAUUACAACAUUUCGACGCAGACUUGAACAAUUUGCAUCAUCAACUGAACAAUUACAACUACUUUAUUUUAAAGAAAUAACUCAAACAAAUUGUCCUCAUGAAUGUUCAACAAAUAAUGGUGUAGUUAUUUUUCGUGCUGCAUAUGAAAUCGUUAAUGAUCUUAUAUCUAUUCAUGUUCUAAUUCUUUCUUGUCGAGAUUUACCGAAAAUGGAUUAUUUUGGUGCAUCUGAUCCAUAUGUUAUCCUUGAACUAUUACCAUCGACACUUUAUCCAGAACGUCCAGAAGAAAAUAGAACAAGUACAAUGAGACGAACACUUGAUCCAGAAUUUAAUCAGUUAUUUAAAUGGUAUCGUCUUCCAAUGCAUAUUAUACGUACACCAGGUGCUGUUUUGCGUCUUAGUGUUUGGGAUAGAGAUGUGGUAACAGAGGAUGAGUUUAUUGGUGAAUGUUUUAUACCAUUAAUGAAUAUUGAAUCAUUAGAAAUUCCUAGAUCAAUACGUGACAUUCCUGUAUCAAAAGUACCUUUGAGAAGAGAAAAUAAAAAUGCUCAACCAAGAGUAUAUGAAGCUAUUGAAAACUUGAAAAUUUGUCAAUAUGAUCCACCGUAUACAAUAACUCGAAACUAUGGUUUUAUGAAAUUUGAUGAAAAUAAACUUGAUGCUACUUCACGUCCUUCAGAAUAUAUACGAUUAAGUCUUGAAACCAGUGCUGAAACAGUUGUGAAAUUUAUGAAACAAGGUUGGCGUUUACCAAAACCUGACUUAAUUAUAUCUGUGACUGGUGGAGCAAAAAAUUUCGAUAUGUCAACACGUCUUAAAAAAAUUUUUCAAAGUGGUCUAGUUUCAGCUGCAAUUACUACAAAUGCAUGGCUGAUUACAGCUGGAACAAAUGCUGGUGUUGUUAAAGAAGUUGGUGAAGCUCUUAAUAAUUAUCGUUAUAAAAAUCGAAAACAUGGACUUAAUAUACCAACUAUUGGCAUAGCUAGCUGGGGUUAUACAGCAGGAAAUGAUCAACUUGACAGUCAAUCUACGAAUAUUUCUGUAAAUCUGAAUAAUACAAGAGGAACACGUUCAUUCACUAAACAUCAUCAAAAUCAAGCAACACAUUCUAUUCGUAUGGAUAUGGGUGAGCAAGAUGGUGUUCGAACUUAUAUAGUCAAAGGAAAACCUGAGAAACGAUGUGAUUUAGAACCAAAUCAUACACAUUUUUUGUUAUUCGACGAUGGAGAGUCAAAGGCUGAUAGUGUCCUUCCAUUACGAGCAGAAAUCGAAAAAUACUCUUGCAUUACCAAUAUUGAAACUGCUACAGAAGAAGCAGUAGAAUCACUUAUACCUAUUGUUAUGGUUUUGGUUGAAGGUGGUCCAUCAUCGAUUCGAACAAUUUGUAAAGCACUUGAGUCGAAUACCCCACUUGUAGUUAUCAAAGAUUCAGGUCGUGCUGCUGAUCUUGUUGCUGAAUUACAUGCUUUUUAUUCCGAUAAUGAAGGUGGCGGUGGUGCUAGGCACCUUGCUCGACCACAAACGGGUUUUGCUAAAGGUGGCUCAAAAGAAACAGACAUUAAUGCAAUUUUGGCUAAAGCACGAACUGAUAUAUCAGGACUUGAAAAAGUUGAAGAUGAUUUAUGUCGAAUAUUAAAUGAACGUAAAAAACUUGUAACAAUUUUUACAUUUGAUAGUAAACGAUAUCGUGGGAAUCUUGAAGAUGCUAUUUUAGAAACAUUAUUUAAUACUGCAAAGUUUUCCGGUGAUUAUAAUGAACAACAUCGUCGAGCAACAGAACUUAAAUUAGCUAUAGCAUGGCAUAAAUUUGAUUAUGCUCAUGAAUAUCUUCUUACUGAUACGACUAUAUCGAAAUGGAAAGAAGAUGAUCUUCGUCGUGCUCUUGUCGAUGCACUUCGUCGUGGUCAUGUUGAUUUUGUUGAAUUACUUAUUGAAUUUGGUACAUUACUUGAAAAAUUAACAAAUGGAAAUCUUAAAGAUCUUUAUACAACAGAGUUGAUUAGUAAUCGAUUACCACUUAAAGGUAAAAGAAAAGAUGGUAUAUGGACAAGAGAGCAGUUUUUUACAGAUUAUUUUCAUUCAAACAUAUAUAAUGAAAACAAGGAUAAAAAUUUAUCACAAUCAAAAGAUGAUCAACCAUUAGGCAAAAGUGCUCCACAAGAAUUAUUUUUAUGGGCUGUUUUUCUUGAUCGAUUUGAACUUGCAACAUAUCUUUGUUCGAAAACUCGGAACCCAACAAUAGCACCAUUAUUUGGUACACAUAUCUAUCGGCGUGCAGCAAGAUUAACAGUUGAUUCAGAUAUACAGCAGCAAUAUGAAGAACAUGCCGCCCAAUUUGAUAUUCAUGCUAUGUCAAUUAUUGAUCGAUGCUUUGAUAGUGAUGAAAAUUUUGCUGUUGAUCUUCUAAAACAUUCUGCUGUUGCAUUUAAUGAUACUGAUCGAUUACUGUUAGCUCGAAAAGCUGAUUGCAGAUCAUUUCUUGCAUCAAAAUGUGUUCAAAGAUAUCUUGAUAAUGAAUGGUUUGGACAUAUAAAUUACAAACGAAGGACUAUUAAUUUUCGAGUUUUUCUUUGUUCAUUAUUUCUGCCUUUAAUUCCAAUAUUUUGUACUUUUCUACCAUAUGUAGAAAAACAUAAAAAUAUUGUUUCAAGUACUCAAGAUCGUUCACGAGGUAGUCAAUCGACUAUGAUGAAUAACGAUAUUGAACAUAUUCAACAUAAAAGAAAAAAGAAUGUUCCAUGGACAGAUAGAAUAAGCUAUUUCUAUCAAGCACCAAUAGUACGAUUUUAUUAUUAUACGAUAUUCUUCAUUAUAUUUUUGCUUUUAUUCAGUUUUGUUCUUCUUGUUGAUUAUUUUCCAUUAAACGUCUAUGGUGAACGUCGAUCUGGUUUUCAAAAUUUAAAAUUAUCAGCAACUGAAAUAAUUCUUCAUAUUUGUAUAUGGAGUUUAAUUGCAGAAGAAAUUCGUCAAUUUUUCUUUGUGAGUAUUACAAGAGAAUAUUUUGGAGAAAUAUGGAAUAUUAUUGAUAUUCUUGCAAUUAUUACAUAUAUUAUUGGUUUUAUUACACGAUUUAUUGUUCGUGAAUCACUUUUUGUUGUAUCAAAAAUAUUCUUAUGUCUUGAUUUCAUACUUUGGUUUGUUCGUACAUUACAUCUAUUUGCUGCUUUUGAAAAAUUAGGACCAAAAUUAAUUAUGAUUUUUAAUACGAUGAAAGAUCUGCUAUUUUUCGUUUGUUUUAUUCUAAUAUUCUUAUUAGCAUUUUCAAUAACAUCAUGGUCAUUAAUUACUACAGAUAAUCAAGUAUUUUGGUAUUAUGGUAGUGAUGGGUCAUUAACUAAUGUGACAGUGGCAGGUGGAGGAAGUGGUUUAUGGACAUGGCAAUUAUUACGUGAUGUUACAAAUUAUGGUGUUUGGAAAGUUUUUGGACAAGUUGAUCCAAUUGAUGGUACAGAUGCAUAUUCUGUUGUAGCUUUUGUCUUGGCUAUACUAUUUGUUACUAUUGCUAAUGUACUUCUUCUAAAUGUCCUUGUUGCUUUAUUUAAUGUUACAAUCCAAAAUGUUGAAAAGCAAUCUCAUCGAAUAUGGCGUUAUCAACGAUUUUUACUUGUUGUUGAAUAUAAUUAUAAACCUUCAUUACCACCACCAUUUAAUACUCUAUGGUAUCUAUAUCGUAUUAUUAAAUAUAUAAUCGAAAAAAUUGAAGAAUAUCGCCAAAGACAACGACAUGUUGCCAGUGACACUGUAGCAAUGAAUUCGAUUGAUUCCAAUGAAAAAAAUGUUCAAGAAGAAUUUAAAAUUACUGAUGCAAUGCAACGUGAAAGUGCAAUAGCUGAUGAUUAUUGGAGUUAUACAUUGAAACAUGGAAAGAAAGAUCAAGUUGAAGUUGCACUAGAAAAAAUUGAACGAAGGUAA